AUGUCAAAAUCCAAUUCACAAACAACAAAUAAAAAUGCAAAAUCGGAAAUUAUAAAAUUAUCGGAACAAUAUUCGGAAACGAAAGCUGAUAUUGAUGCUGAAGAAGCACAUAGUCCAUCAAUUUCAUCAUUUGAUGAAAAUUUUAAUUCCAAUGAAAUGUUCACUGUCACCAUCGAUGAUCAUCCACAUGUUGAUGUUACGACUAAUUCAACAUUUGUGAACUUGGAUGAAAAUAAUCCGGAACGUAAUCAAUUCACUGCAAAUGUUCCGGCACGUAGUAUUUCACGUAUUAUUGACGAAAAAAUACGUCAACAAAUUAGAGCUUUAAUGGCAUGA